AGAGAGAGAGAUAUAUAAAGACCGGAUAGAGCUAACUGUGUGCUAGUGAGUGUGAGAUAAGGCCUUCAAUAUGGAGAUACCAUACAAUUUUAAACUUGCAAUAUUUUCAUUUGCAAUUAUAUUUGUAUUGAGAUGGGCAUGGAGAAUCUUGAAUUAUUUGUGGUUCAAACCAAAAGAUUUGGAGAAAAAACUAAGACAACAGGGUUUCAAAGGGAAUUCAUACAAGUUCUUGUUUGGGGAUAUGAAAGAGAUGAAGAAAAUGGGUGAAGAAACUAUGUCCAAGCCUAUCAAUUUCUCCCAUGACAUGAUUUUGCCUAGAGUCAGCCCCUUCAUCCACAAAACCAUCAGAAAUUAUGGGAAGAAUAGUUUUGUGUGGUUCGGGCCAAGACCAGCAGUCCUCAUUACGGAGCCUGAACUUAUAAAGGAGGUGUUGACGAAGAAUUACGUAUUUCAGAAGCCACGUGGCAAUCCACUCACUAAUUUGGUAGCAACUGGCAUUUCAGACUAUGAAGCAGAUAAAUGGGCUACACAUAGAAAGCUUCUCAAUCCUGCUUUUCACCUUGACAAGUUGAAGCAUAUGCUACCUGCAUUCAAAUUGACUGCUACGGAGGUGUUGAGCAAAUGGGAGAAAAUUGUCUCCAGAGAAGGAUCAGAGAUAGAUGUGUGGCCAUAUCUUCAAACUUUGACAAGUGAUGCAAUUUCAAGAACUGCCUUUGGCAGUAGCUAUGAAGAAGGAAGAAAGAUUUUUGAACUUCAAAAAGAACAACUUCAACUAGUUUUAGAAGUGUCACGCACAAUAUACAUCCCAGGAUGGAGGUUUCUGCCAACUAAAAGGAACAAAAGGAUGAAGCAAAUCUUCAAUGAAGUAAGAGCACUGGUAUUAGGAAUUAUCAAUAAAAGAAUGAGGAUGAUUGAAGCUGGAGAAUCACAUGAUGAUUUGUUGGGUAUAUUAUUGGCAUCCAACUUAAAAGAAAUCCAACAUGGGAAUAAGAAAUUUGGUAUGAGCAUUGAUGAGGUGAUUGAAGAGUGUAAGUUGUUCUACGUUGCUGGGCAAGAGACUACUGCAACUUUACUUGUAUGGACAAUGAUUUUAUUGUGCCGACAUCCUAAUUGGCAAGAUCGAGCUAGAGAAGAAGUUUUACAAGUAUUUGGGAGUAAUGAAGUUGACUAUGACAAGUUGAAUCAGCUAAAAGUAGUGACUAUGAUCUUAAAUGAGGUCUUAAGGUUGUAUCCAGGGGGAUAUAUCAUUAAUCGAAUGGUACAAACAGAAACGAAGUUAGGUAAUUUGUGUUUACCAGCUGGGGCGCAACUCUUGUUAGCAACAAUACUAUUGCAUCAUGACAUUGAAAUAUGGGGAGAUGAUGCAAUGGAGUUCAAUCCAGAGAGAUUUGGUGAUGGAAUAUUAAAGGCAACAAAAGGACAACUUGUGUUCUUUCCAUUUAGUUGGGGUCCAAGAAUAUGUAUUGGGCAAAACUUUGCUAUGUUAGAGGCAAAAAUGGCAAUGGCUAUGAUCCUCAAACACUAUGCAUUUGAACUCUCUUCAUCUUAUGCUCAUGCUCCUCAUCCAUUGUUGCUUCAACCUCAAUAUGGUGCUCAUUUAGUUAUGUACAAGUUGUAGAAAUGGUCAUGUGUUGUCUUUUGAGUACAAUAAGUUAUAAUUCAUGUAACUAGAAGUUUAAGGAUUGGCAUAGUAGCUAUUUAUAAGUGAUAAAUAUUGUUUUGUAAGAGUGGAGAACUUUUUCAUAAUAUUAUUAGUGUAUUUUUGUUUAUAA